AUGGAUGGAGUUUCGGAGGGUGUACAAUAUACAAAUAAAUUUUUUUGGCAUCAACGUAGCAUAGAUUUGAUUGGCAAUGGAGCUUUCGGAAGAGUUCAUAAGGGUAGAAAUCAAGAAACAGGUGAAUUUGUGGCAAUCAAAACCUGCAAUAGAUUCAAUACUCAGCAGCAUGCUCGUGAAAUUGAAAUUUUACAACAAAUAAGUUCUCCACAUAUCGUCAGAUUUAUUGCAUCUGAUACGAUUGAUCAGAAGAACGUAAAUGGAACUAAACAGAUGGUGCUAAUUAUGGAAUUGGCUGAUGGCAGUGUACGAGAUGAAUUGAAAAAAUUGGAAAAUAUGUUUGGUCUGUCAUACCAAAUUCUUUUGCAGUUGAUCGACCAUCUCGAAAAAGGACUAUCAUAUUUGAACUCAAAGAAAAUUGCACAUCGAGAUGUAAAGCCAGAAAAUUUAUUAAUUUUCAAUAAUUCUGGAAGGAUGAUCUUCAAAUUAUGUGAUUUUGGUGGUUCACGACUCCUUACCGAUAACUUUCAGCCGUUACAUUCCAUUUGUGGUACACCGGGAUACCUUAAUGAAUAUUCAACUGCCAAUUUAGCUCGUAAAACAACGACCUUGACUUAUACAAAAGAUGAAUGUGAUCUGUGGUCAGUAGGUUGUACGUUAUUCGAAUGUGCAACCGGUAUUCUGCCCUUUGUACCAGCAAAAGGACCAGCAGAUACACCUGGAAUGUAUAAUAUGAUGAUUAGUCGACCAUCAGAUGCCAUAUUUGGUAGGGUGAGUGAGACAGGUCAAUUUUUAUGGCAGAAAGAUUUCCCAGAUGGACGUUGUUUAUACCCAAAGAGUUUUCGUCGUAUUCUGAGUGAAUUUAUUCGGCGUCUUUUUGAUAGACGUGAAGCAACUCGUCUCACUUUCAACGAAUUUGAUGAAAUGUGUAAAGAACUGUUAAAUAUGAAACGAAUACUUGUUUUUAAGAUGAACAUUUUGUGCUUAGAGGAGUACUUCGAUACUUCAACUGUUGAACAUUUUGAGAGAUCCUAUUUUGAUGUUUAUGUGAAAGCUGAUACGCCAGCGCAUGAUCUAAUCUGUCUGUUAACACUUCCUACUGGUUCUGCGGUUGUCUAUAAAUCACCUCCAUUUCCUGUGGGCUUGAUCGAUCACUGUUCUAGUGUUAUUGUUAUGGGAUUGCAGAAUAACGAAACUUAUGCUUUACCGAUCAAAUUACCGGAACUAAUCGUUCAUUCACCGUUUUCGCAAUGUAAUCAUGAGCCAACCUUUCAUGAGAUGAAACUUGCUGCUGCGAGUACGUUAAGUGUGGAACGACAAACAUAUGAAUUACAGGAUGCAAUACCAACUGUUAUUGGAAUUUUGCGUACAGUAUAUGCCAAAUUAUUAAAAGAAGCUGAAAUUUUAGCGCAUGAUUGCAAUUUUGCAAGCCGUUUAGCGAAACAAUUACGUUUAUUGUCUAAGGCAAUUGCAUUGAAUAAGGAAACAGCUGAGGAACGUAAAGCGGUUGAAAAUAAUGCACAUUCGGUUGCACGAGAAUUGAACUUUAUCGGCGAAGCAGUAAAAUGGGUAUGUAGUAUGUUGCAACAAAUUGAUGUACGUAUUGCUGUUAUUGAGUCAAAACAUAUUGUGAAAGAACCAUCUUUGAAAGGUGAACUUGAAACGGUUGUGAAAUAUCGAACUUUUUUACCAUAUAGCCAUGCUUCAGAAAAUGCUUUACAAAUGGAGGCCGAUAGGAAAUAUUUGUUGAAUUCUUAUGAAAAAGUAGUGAGAAAUUAUGAUGAAAAGUUGAAGCAGCUUAGUGAUAUCUUCGUAGAACCAUUGCAAAUGAUAGCUAGAGAUAUGUUUGAUUUAUCACAUAAACUUUUCAAAACGAAAAAGCAAUUAGACGAAACUCUCCAGUUAAUUGCUAUCACUGAGCAGACCAAUGAGUGUCGCCUGGAAGCUGCAGAAAUAGCAAGUGGGAAAUCAAAUAAUUCUAUAUCGAAAUCGGCAGAAAAAAAUGAACUUUCCUCAGUGUUAAAAGACUUCGAGCUGCAUGCAAAGCAGCAAAAAAUCAAUGCUUCAAUUUCUUUGGCUUUAACAAAAGAAUGGCUUCUCGAUAUGAACGAUUAA